AUGCAGGGCAAUCUGAACCACUGCGCUCGCUCUCAAGAUCUCCUUGAUCAUUAUGCAGCGCAGUGGUCUAUAGAUAUAGCGGUAGUGUGCGAGCCGUACCGCGUCCUCACCAGAUCAAACUGGAUCGGGGACGCCGACUCGUCGGUCGCGCUAGUUUUCGGCCCGAACAUCGCGCCACCACCUCUCGGGGGUGUAAUUAAAGGCCGCGGCUAUGUAGGCGGUAACUUGGGGACUCUCACCGUUGUAGGGGUCUACUUCUCCCCGAAUAGGCCCCUUGCCCACUUUGAGGCCUUCCUCCUCGCCCUAACGAGCGUGGUAAACGGAGCGACGGGCCCGGUGAUCGUUGCAGGGGACUUCAACGCCAAGUCGGCGCUGUGGGGUUGCCCUGCAACGGAUUCGAGAGGCCGUGCCAUGGAGCGGUGGAUGGCUUCUACGGACCUCGUGCCUGCAAACCGUGGCUCAGUGAGCACCUGCGUGCGGCGACAGGGCGAGUCAAUCGUUGACAUAACCCUGGUCAGUUCUUCGGCCGCCCACCGUAUCGUGAACUGGCGGGUUCAGGAGGACACCGAAACCCUGUCGGAUCACAGGCUCAUCCGCUUCGACGUAACUUCACACACGUCGGAGCCGGCCCCCACAACAUCACCUAGUGGAGGGCCAAGAUGGUCUGUGAGACGGCUGGACCGGGUUCUCCUCGAGGAGGCCGCUGUCGUCGCGUCCUGGGCGCCGCUAUCCUCAGCCGACGCCGCGUCUGGCGCGGAAUGGCUCAACGAGGCGUCGCGCAACAUCUGCGACGCCUCCAUGCCACGUGUGAGCAGUACGGCAGUACGGCGACGACAGGCAUAUUGGUGGCAGCCUGAGCUGAUGCAGCUUCAGCGGGCGUGCGUGGCGGCCCGUCGCCGCUACAAGAGACACCGCAGGCGCCGGCUCAGGGAUGAAGGCGAGGAGCAAGCGCUCUAUGAUGCGUAUCGCGGGACCUGUAAAACUUUCCGCGAUGCCAUCACAAAAGCGAAGAGGGAGGCAUGGGAGGAGUGGCUCCAGCUGCUAGACGACGACCCGUGGGGCAAACCAUACAAGUGGGUGCGCCAAAGACUGCGCCCGGCGGCCCCUCCGCUCACUCAGAACCUCCACCCGGAACUUCGUAGUAGAGUCAUCUCGGCCCUAUUUCCAUCCAGGGCCGAGUGGCAUUCGCAAACCGUGACUCACCGGGCGGAGAGUUCAGAAGACGAGGAGCAGGAAAUACCGCCAGUCUCUGUGGCGGAGCUGAGAGAGGCGGUCCGCAGAAUGGGCCAGAAGAACACGGCGCCAGGUCUGGACGGGGUCCCGGGAAGGCGUGGGUCCUGGCCAUGA